CUAACCGGGACUUCCGUUUUGGGGGGUGUCCUGGUAUAUGUAUACUAAGUAUUAUACAGACCUGGUAUAUAUUGAAGCUGGUCCCCAUCACAAUACAUCUUCGUCUUAUAUCCUCGACUCGACAAUCUUUCAUUCUCCUUCCGUUUUGAUAUAUUCCCAGAUAAUUCUUAUCAACCCUUUAUAAGAUAUAUAAUCACAUAGUCAUCCAUCACAAUGGCAGCCCCCUCCGCUUCCGGCCUUAAAUACGCUUCCAAGCUCGCCAACCAGCGCGUCCUCAUCCUCGGCGGCACCUCUGGCAUUGGCUUCGCCGUUUCCGAGGCCUCUCUCGAGGCCGGUCUGCUCGUGACCGUCUCCUCUUCCUCCUCCUCCAAGCUCUCCACAGCCCUGGACCGUCUCCGCUCCUCCCCCGCCUACGUGCCCUCCUCCACCUCUGUAGCUGAGGGCGGCGUCCCCCGCCUCACCGGCUUCACCUGCGACCUCUCGAACCCUUCCACCGUCGAGGCCAACCUCACGCAACUGCUCGACCAAGCCACCUUGGAAGGCCGACACAAGUUUGACCAUGUCGUCUUCACCGCGGGCGACGCGCUGGCCUUGACGCCCAUCGGGCAGAUCACCCCCGAGGGUUACGCGAGGGCCUCCGCCGUGCGCUUCACGGCUCCUUUGAUCCUGUCCAAGCUUUUGUCUACGGAAAAGUACUUCAACCACUCGGUCUACAGCAGCAUCACCUUCACUAGCGGCACCAACUCGGAGAAACCCGCCCCUGGAUGGAGCGUGGUAGCGGGCGUGUGCGGCGCGAUCGAGGGACUGGCGAGAGGCCUGGCGGUGGACUUGAAGCCUACGAGGGUCAAUCUGGUCAGCCCCGGCGCGGUGAAGACGGAGUUGUUCAGUGCGUUUGGCGAAGGGGAGCAGUUGGAGCAGCUGCUGGAUGGGUUCAAGAAGCAGACGCUGACGGGAACGGUGGGCACGCCCGAGGACGUGGCGGAGGCGUAUAUUUAUCUCAUGAGGGACCGCUAUGUGACGGGGAGGUGCUUGGGCACGGAUGGAGGGAGGCUUUUGGCUUGAGUUGGAAGGAGUUGAGAAGGGUUUAGCGAUGGAGGAGAACGGGGGCUCGUCUUAAGCUUUCGUUUUGUAUCUCUGGUGCAUUACACUAGAAUUUUCGUAUUUUCCCGUCGUAAUCAUUUCCAUCAUGUCCGUAUCUGAAUCCAAACCUCGUA